AUGGCUCCCGUUUCAUUCUGCAUGGCGGUGAUGAUAAUGUUGCCCUUUCAUUUCUCAUUUGCUAACGCAUGCCGAGAUGAUGAAAGAAGCUACCUUCUCGAUUUUAAAAGUGGGCUUAAAGAUUCCUCUGGCCGAUUAAGCUCGUGGCAGCACUUCAACUGUUGCCGAUGGGAGGGUCUCAUGUGUGACUCUCAUUCCGGCCAUGUUGUUUCCCUCGACCUCAAAAACCCUAGUUACAAUCUUCAUGAAUUUCAAUCUCGUCUGAGUGGGAAGAUCCAUCCCUCCCUGUUCAAACUGCAGCAUCUGCAAUAUUUAGAUUUGAGCGCGAAUUUUUUCGAAGGUACUGCCCUCCCUCCUCAGUUGGCGAAACUCCAGAGGCUUAUUUUCCUCAACUUGACAGAUGCCCAUUUUGGAGGUGAGAUUCCUCUGGAAUUGGGUAACGUUACAACCUUGCGCCACCUGGAUUUGAGCCGGAAAGACUUCAAUGGUGCUGCCAUACCUCUUCAUCUGGCCAAACUUCACACGCUUACUUUCCUUAGCUUGGCAUAUGCUAGACUUGGAGGUGAGAUUCCUCCGGAAUUGGGUAACGUUACAACUUUGCGCCACCUGGAUUUGAGCCAUAAUGAAUUCAAUGUUGCUGCCAUACCAUGGCAGUUGGCAAAACUUCAGAGCCUUACUUUCCUUAGCUUGGCAUAUGCUCAAGUUGGAGGUGAGGUUUCCCCGGAAUUGGGUAACAUUUCAACUUUGCGCUACCUAGAUUUGAGCAUGAAUCUCUUCAAUGGUACGGUCAUACCACCUCAGUUGGGGAAACUACAGAGGCUUACUUUCCUUGACUUGGGAGAUGCUGAAUUUGGAGGCGAGAUUCCUCAGGAAUUGGGUAACAUUACAACCUUGCGCCAUCUGGAUCUGUUAGCAUAUCCAUUUGGUGGUGAGAUUCCAUUGGCACAUCCCUUGGAGAGUAGGAGGUUUGCAGGAUGGAUAAAAGAUCUGAGAAGCUUGGAAUACCUGGUUAUGACUUCUGUGAAUCUGUCAAUGGCAUCUGAGGAUUGGGGUAACGCCCUUAGCACUCUGUCGAAUAUCAGGGAGAUUUACCUCUAUGGCUGUGGACUUUCAGGUACUUUACCUUCUGUCCUAAACCUUACUCACCUAUCCCAUCUAGAUCUUUCAGGAAAUUCAUUUUAUUCAUCUUUGCCAGUUUGGUUUCAGAAUGUCUCGUCCUUGGUCUACGUCGAUCUGUCUUAUUGUGAUUUCAACGGUUCUAUCCCUUUAAAUUUCUUGCACGGUUCAAGCCUGAGAAAACUUGACUUGUCAUAUAACCAUCUAAGAGGAGUAAUUCCUCAAUCCAUUGCAAAUUUUUCAAUGCUUGAGACAUUGGACCUCUCAUACAAUAAUUUUACAGACGACUUACAACUGUUUGGUUCAAUCGUUGAUGGGCUUUCGUCUCUCAGACGCCUGUACCUCAAUAACAACCAGUUGUCUGGAACAAUUCCAGAUACCAUUACAAAGCUUGUCAGAUUAGAAACGUUGUCACUCAGCUCAAACAAUUUAACCGGCAGCAUCUCUCCUUCCGUAUUGGAUAUAGCUCACCUCAAAGAAGUCGACGUUUCUGAAAAUCAGGUAACACUUAGCGUCUAUUCAAGUUGGAUUCCGCAAUUUGUUCAAAUUGGGUACUUGGGGUUAAGGUCUUGUAAUCUUCAAGGGGAGAUUCCUGCUUUUCUGUCUACUCAAUAUUCACUGGCAGUAUUGGACCUGUCCGAUAACAACAUUGUGGGAUCUUCCCAGUCUUCAAGCUCUCAAUCUUUCACAUAA